CGUAUGAAGCGCGCUGAGUGUCGAUGUUUCCUACAGUCCGUGAAGGCGUCUCCGUUCACCGCUGUGUGGCUGCAGAUUUGCGGCUCUGGAGGCUGAGGAGCGGCGGGGAUGCUGCUGCCUCUGCUCCGCCGAUCACACGCUCGCUUCUGCUGGUAGUCUGCGGGGGAAACAGCAGCAGCCAUGGCCUCGGACAUCCCCCCAGAGGCCAUCGGCUUCCUGUCGGCGGUGGGCGUCUUCAUCGUGGCAUUGGCCGUCCUCUUCCUCUUCAUCAACAAGAAGCUGUGUUUCUCUCGCGUCGGUGGGAUGCCCUGUCUGGAGCAACAUGGCCGCCGGAAGAAGGGACGACAGGGAAUCCGCCAAGGGCUCGCUCCUCCUCCUCAUCAGCCCCUGUGUCUCCCUGUGUUUAUCUCCCUCCAGUGAGCAGCUACGGUGACGAUGACGAUGUUGAUGACGGCAGCAGCUCCUCUGACAGCGAAGACGAAGUCCUGAAGCAGUUCGAGAUCUCGGUGUCGCGUUCUCAGAGUUUCCGUACCUCCGCGGCGGCGGCAGCAGCGACACACAGCGGCGGCGAGCAGCAGCCACAGAAGACGCAACUGUCAUUGGGCCGGCGCCACAAAUUCUCCCGACUGUCGGACCAGGAGGAGGGCAGCACCGAGCCGUCAGACUGUGAAGAGAUGGAGUCUCAGAGCCAGCCGCAGCGUUUCCAGGAUCCACUCUCCGCGGCGGUAGAAGAGAGCGAGAGAGCGUCGUCCGUCUCUCCGGACAAACCUACCGAGCUGGAAGUAUCGAGAGCCAGAGACAACUCCACCCCGAGCAUGAACCGGCAGGCUGCAGACGGCAGCGAGGACAUGGAGAAGGCUGCGGAUUACGACAAGAACGAUGCCACGGACAGCUCCUCCACCUGGAGCCCCGAGCAGGAGCAGCCUCCCCUGGGUGAGGUCUCCUCUCAGCCGGUCACCUCUUCCCCUCGAGUCCCCAUCUCUAAAUGCGGAGACCUGGUCCUCUCUCUGGAGUACCGCCCCGACACGGAGAAGCUGCUGGUCUCCGUGAUCGCGGCCCGGGACAUCCCCGACAAGGCCCGCAGCGGCAUGGACUCGUGGCAGGUGCACAUGGUCCUGCUCCCCUCCAAGAAGCAGCGCCACAAGACGUCCGUGCAGAAAGGCUCGCUGCCGCAUUUCAACGAGACGUUCCGCUUCUCACGCCUGGAGUCGUCGGAGCUGCACAUGUCGGCCGUCAGGUUCAGGCUGUACGCGCUCGGAGCUUCUCGGAUGUCCCGCGAGCGGAUGAUGGGGGAGAAGGUGCUGCGUUUAGGUGGGCUGGACCCGGACGGAGGGACGAUGGAGACCACGCUGGUUCUGGAGCCUCGCAGUAACCUCAAGAGCGUGGACUCUCAGCUGAGCCUGUCUGCUGUGUCUCAGAGCGACAGCGCCUCGUCCACUCAGUCUCUGACCCACGGCGGGGUCCCCGAGCUGCUGGUGGGUCUCACCUACAAUGCCACUACAGGACGCAUGUCAGUGGAACUCAUCAAGGGAAGCCACUUCAGAAACCUGGCCAUCAACAGACCACCAGACACCUACGGGCGUCUGACUCUUCUGAACUCGGUGGGUCAGGAGAUCUCUCGCUGUAAGACGUCGGUGCGCCGCGGCCAGCCCAACCCCGUCUACAAGGAGACCUUCGUCUUCCAGGUGGCGCUGUUCCAGCUGUCAGACGUCACGCUGCUGGUCUCCAUCUACAACCGCCGCAGCAUGAAGCGCAAAGAGAUGGUGGGCUGGGUGGCCCUGGGCCAGAACAGCAGCGGCGAGGAGGAGCAGCUCCACUGGCAGGACAUGAAGGAGAGUCGAGGACAGCAGGUCUGCCGCUGGCACGUCCUGCUGGAGGCGUAACGCCACCAAGAUUUAGGAUUUUUUGUUUCUUUAAAGAGGGAAAGAGUUUAUUCUUUACGUUGGAGGAUUUGAUCUGCGGUCAGGAUGAUGCAUGUGGCUUCAGAGGCGACGGAUUCGAGGCCUUGGCUUUCUCAGAGCACACUCUCCACAUCAGAAUCAAACCUCGCUGGUUAUUUGGUGUCAACAUGACGAACAAAUUCAUCUGCUUUUGGAGGCCGACAAGUUUGAAAGUAAUUCUGUAGAUGAAUAAAAGAAAUAAAUUAAAGCCUUCAGCAAGGUUAUGAGACAAGUGAAAGACCACUAAACUAUUUCUUUGGCAUGUAAAGGCUUUUUGAAUUUGAAGGUUUCAUGCAGAAAUUCACUCUUUGUAGAAGAAACAUCGGCCUCCGAGAGGAGCUGCGAAUUUGUCCUUCAUUUAUAUUUUAUUUUAUUUUUUGUAAAACAGCUCAGCUGUGAGACGAGGGAGCUGCAGUUUAGUUUUUCUAGUGAAAUGCUGUGUUAGAAAGCACACACAAAUUAGAUGUGUGUGCGUGUAUGUGUGUGUGCGUGUGUGUGUGAGUGUUUUUACUAAAUCUUGCUGUUCUUUUACCGGCUGAGUGGAGAUGCAAGCAAAACUGCACAGCGAGAUGAACUAAUGCAGACAGGAAACAUGAAGACGCAUCGUCCUGAGUAUGUAAUAUAGAGAAAAUAUUAUUUGUCACAUCCUCUUUAGACACAACAACAACAACAACAACAACAACACACUGACAAGGUUUUCAUGUGAUGAUGUUGGGAACUAAACAAUCAAACAGUAAUAAUCAAGCAAUCAAUAAGUCCAGUAAGUAAUUAAUCAAGACGAACAUGUAACUUUUCCCAGUUUUCACAUGUAUCAGCCAUCUCUUUCAUCCAGCACAAGUCAUUCAUUACAAAACACUCACGGAUUUAUACACAUUUUCCACUUUGGAGCAAACAGAAUCUUGCGUGAUCAUCAUUGGGAAUCAUCAGCUAAUUGCACUUUUUGCACUGAUUUCAAACACAAAAAGAGAAAAACACAGUCAAAUGCACACAGAUAAACAUCACAAUAAUAUUGUCCAAACUGAUCAAACCA